AUGGACCUGAGCUGCCAGGACUGGAUGUCAGCUUUACCCGAGGAGCUGUGGGACAUUCCCCUGACGAACCUGGCCAUACCUGGAAGCCACGAUGCCAUGAGCUACUGUCUGGACAUAACUUCCCCCCUGGUCCGGUCUGAGUCCGACUUUUUCCGCCUCCUGGACAGACUGUUCUAUUGCUUGACGAGGCCCGUCAUUUUUAAAUGGGCCACCACUCAGGACAAAAACAUCGAGGAGCAGCUUUCGAUGGGGAUUCGCUUCUUCGACCUCCGCGUGGCGCACAAACCCCGCGACUCCUCCAGCGACCUCUACUUCACGCACGUCAUCUACACGCAUUUAACCGUCGUGGUGAGUUCGAGUGUUUUCGAUCAGAGCUCUGGUUUUUGGGAUCCGGCGGCGCUGGCGGUUAAAGGCUCCCCGUCUGCUCAGGAAACGCUCAUAUCCGUCGCGUCCUGGCUCAACUCGCAUCCCAAGGAGGUGGUCAUCCUGGCCUGCAGCCAUUUCGAGGGGAUGGACGACAGGUGCCACGAAGCCUUCAUUUUCGCUCUGAAGAAACUGUUCGGCUCCAAGCUGUGUCCCAGAGAGGAAUCGGGCUUGACGCUGCGGAGUCUGUGGGCGUCCGGUUACCAGGUCAUUCUGUCAUAUGACUCCCAGCUCAUGGCGAGACAUCGGGAGCUGUGGCCCGCCAUCCCUUACUUGUGGGCCAACAAGCACACGGCAGAGGGAGUGAUCGCCUACUUGGAGUGGAACAAAGACCUGGGACGUCCAGAGGGUUUCUUCGUGUCCGGUCUCAACCUGACGGCGGACAGAAGCUACAUCACCAAGAACCAACAGGAAUCUCUGCGGACGCUGACCUACAAGAACUGGGAUCAUUUGAGGAAAUGGGUGGAAGAGCAGUUUCCCGGGUCGGAGCCCACGGGCCUCAACAUCAUCGCGGGGGACUUUGUGGGGCCCCUCCCGCUUUGCCCUCUGGUGAUCGCCCUGAACCUCAAACUCCAGAGGAGGGGCUCCAGGCAGACGAAAAAGCAGCAUUAG